AUGGCAUUUGGUACGAUUUGGUGGGAGAUUUUGUUGCAUAGCUGUAUUAAAUUAUUGCGAGAUGAAAUCGAAAACAAAAUGGGUAGCACUAGGAGGGAUGGUGUUAUCUUAAAUGGCAGACGACUAUAUGUUGCAGAAAAAAUAUCGGACGGUAGCAAUGGAGACAUAGCUCUGGACUUUUACCAUCGUUACAAGGAGGACGUCAAACUAGCAAAAUCCGAAGGACUGGACGCUUUCAGGUUUUCUAUCGCAUGGGCAAGAAUUUUACCUCAGGGCAAGCUAAGUAAAGGAGUAAAUCAAGUUGGUAUUGACUACUACAACAAUCUCAUCAAUGAGAUAAUAGCCCAUGGUAUUAAACCUGUAGUUACACUUUUUCAUUGGGAUCUCCCUCAAGCCCUUGAAGAUGAAUACCUUGGCUUUCUAAGCCCUAAGAUCUUGGAUGAUUACCUAGAUUUAGUGGAGAUUUGUUUCAAUUAUUUUGGAGACAGAGUGAAGCUCUGGACGACCAUUAAUGAGCCAUGGAUAUUUGCAUCAAAUGGUUAUGAUGCCGGUUCGAUGACGCCUGGCCGGUGUUCUGCCUGGAGGAACAAUAACUGCUCCGCCGGAAACUCUGCAACUGAGCCUUAUAUAGUCGACAGUAUGCUUCUUGCUCAUGGAGCUGCUGCCAAACUAUACAGACAAAAAUACAAGCUGAGCUUAAACUUUAGUACUCCCUCCGUUCAAAUUUAUGUGAUACAAUACGAAUUUUGA